AUUAUUAUUAUUGUUAGCUUUUGGUCAUGGUCAUGGCAAUACUCCAUAGCAUCUCAACAACCAACUCACUAUACUCACGACUCUCAUCAUAGUUUUCUUUGUCUCUCUAGCUGAGUUUGCACUUCACAGUGUGUAGUGAGUGACUGAGUUAAAAAAAAAAAAAAGGAAAAAAAAAACUCCAUUUUGGAAGAGAUCAUGAAAAUGGGCAUUUUGCUAUGGAUUUUCUCAGUGAUUUCAGCGGCGACUCAUUUCUUCUUAUGCCCUCUUGCUCUCACCGAAGAAGGUCUUACAUUGUUGGAGAUAAAAAGCACUUUAAAUGACAGUAAAAACUUCCUCAUAAACUGGCAAGCCACUGAUAAAUCUCCUUGCAAAUGGACCGGUAUUUCUUGCCAUCCCGAAGACCAACGAGUCCGUUCAAUUAAUAUUCCUUAUAUGCAACUUGGAGGGACUAUAUCUCCCAGCAUUGGUAAACUCAGUAAAUUACAAAGACUGGCACUUCACCAAAACAGCUUGCAUGGAAACAUUCCUGUUGAAAUCACUAACUGUACUGACCUCCGAGCGUUAUAUUUGAGAGCCAAUUAUCUCCAAGGAGGCAUCCCAUCAAAUAUUGGAAACCUUUCUUAUCUUACCAUCCUGGAUUUAUCAAGCAAUUUGCUGAAAGGGGCUAUACCUUCAUCAAUUGGUCGCCUUACUAGACUACGUUCUUUGAACUUGUCCACCAACUUUUUUUCUGGAGAAAUCCCAGAUAUUGGAGUUUUAAGCACUUUUGGGAGCAAUGCGUUUACUGGUAAUCUAGAUCUUUGUGGACAGCAAGUGCACAAACCUUGUCAUACCUCAUUCGGGUUCCCGGCAGUGCUACCUCAUACCGAGAGCGAUGAAGCAGUAGUCCCUGCCAAAAGACGAUCAUCUCACUAUAUAAGAGGGUUGAUCAUUGGUGCAAUGUGCAUACUGGGCCUUGCUCUUGUGGUUCUCCUUUUGUUCCUUUGGGUUCGUUUGUUAUCAAAGAAAGAAAGAGCAGCUAAACGAUACUCCGAAGUUAGAAAGCAAAAAGUUCAUGAAGCAAGCACAAAACUUAUUACGUUCCACGGUGACCUUCCGUACCCCUCGUGUGAGAUCAUAGAAAAGCUAGAGGCACUUGAUGAAGAAGAUGUAGUUGGCUCUGGUGGGUUUGGUACCGUGUACCGGAUGGUCAUGAAUGAUUGUGGAACAUUUGCUGUUAAAAGGAUCGAUAGAAGCCGAGAGGGAUCAGAUCAAGUGUUUGAGAGGGAGUUGGAAAUAUUGGGCAGCAUAAAGCACAUAAACUUGGUGAACCUUCGUGGUUACUGCAGGCUUCCGGCUUCAAGACUUCUUAUCUAUGAUUAUCUUGCUAUGGGCAGUUUAGAUGAUUUCUUGCAUGAACAUGGGUCAGAAGGUCAAUCUUUAAACUGGAGUGAUCGAUUAAAAAUAGCCCUCGGUUCUGCUCGAGGGCUAGCUUACCUACAUCAUGACUGCUCUCCAAGGAUUGUCCACCGCGAUAUAAAAUCGAGCAACAUUCUCCUUGAUGAAAACUUGGAGCCCCAUGUGUCUGACUUUGGUCUCGCGAAGCUGUUGGUUGAUGAGGAUGCCCAUGUCACAACCGUUGUCGCUGGCACUUUCGGUUACUUGGCACCAGAGUAUCUUCAAAGCGGGAGAGCCACCGAGAAGUCGGAUGUGUACAGCUUUGGAGUGCUUUUGCUUGAGCUUGUCACUGGAAAGAGACCAACUGAUCCAUCUUUUGUAAAGAGGGGCUUAAAUGUUGUUGGUUGGUUGAACACACUAUUGAAAGAAAACCGAUUGGAGGACAUAGUGGACAAAAGGUGCAAAGACGUGGAUGCGGAGACUAUCGAAGCAAUCCUCGAAAUAGCUGCGAGGUGUACCGAUGCAAAUCCAGAUGAUCGGCCGUCGAUGAACGAGGUGUUGCAGUUGCUAGAACAAGAGGUCAUGUCACCUUACCCAAGUGAAUUUUACGAGUCCCAUUCAGAUUAUUCUUGACGAGAAUGUGCUGCUUAUUUUCUCCCCCAUCUUUGUGAGUGUUUUUUGGCCCCUUUCUUGGGGGCUUGUAAAAAGUGAAAUGUUUGCUUUGAAAUGGUUUCUCACAUUUUUCCUCCAAAAGAUGAGGAGCCUAAACUUAUUUUAUUAUGGAGAAAAGAUUAGAAGCUUAAAUUUG